UGGUUCUGGUUACCAUGAGCGACCGGGACAGCGGAGCCAAACGGUCGGAAUUAACCGGGAGCGGCGGCUGGGAAAUCGGAUUAAGACUCGGCUGGGCGGCUUGUCGGUGUCUGCAUGCUUUGAGUGGCCUCUUGCUGUGCCCAGGAACCCGGGGACAGCCCCUCGCUGGACCACAACUCGAGAGCGGCGGCCAGAUCCCGAGAUGGCUUUACCUACAAUCCCAUCCAGGUGGAGUAGCCGAAAUAGAGUGCUGGAACAGCAGAUUAUUCGUCAGCGGGAUCAGGAGGAACGCCUUCGUAGGCAGUGGGAGAUGCACCAUCAAUACUUCAAAAAACAAGACGUGCGAAGCAAUAAGCAGGCGCAAUGGAGUUCAAGACAGUCUUUCCAGAAAAGUAUGACAGCAUACCACCGAAAUCGCCAACAGCAGGAAAAGUUGUGUAACCUGGAACAACGACGGAAAAAACUGCAGCGCUUACUGCAAGAGGAGCAAGAUCUUCUUGAAGCAGAGCUUCGUGAACUAAAGGUGGACACGAGAUCUGUUAUCGAAGAUGCAAAGGAGAAGACUGAGGAACUGAAAUCAGCCAGUGAGGACCGAAGGAAAAAGGUGGCUGAGCAAUUGUUGUAUGAACACUGGAAAAAGAACAAUAUAGAACUGCGUAAGAUUGAGUCGGAAUUACACAAGAUGCAUGUGACAGGCAGCUGGUCUUCGCAGAUCACAGAAAAACAGCAGAAAGAAGAGGCAGAGAUGGAAGAGAAGAAAAGAUUAGAAAAUGAAUAUGAAAUUGCACGAAGGCAGGCCAUAGAACGAAUGAAGCAGGAAGAGGAGCGGAGAAGACAGGAAGACCUGAAGCAGGCGGAAAUUCUGCGACAACAAAUGGAGGAGCUGCGUUUGCGGGAGAUUGAGGCCAAGAAUCUCAAGGCAGAACAGGAAAAGCUAUUGAAACAACAAUGGGAGCUGGAGAAUCUGGAAGAGGAAAGGAAACAGUUAGAACAGCGACGAAAGAAGUCUGAGCUCGGCCGGAUACUGAAUCGUCAGUACAAGACGCAGAUGAGAAGACGCGCACAGCAAAUCCAAGAAGAAUUGGAGAUGGAUCGCCAAUUUCUUGCGUCCCUAAUUGAAAAAGAUGAGGCAGACCAACAAUUGCAAUCAGCGAGGCGUGAACAGGCCGUAGCAGAUGCUGCCUGGAUGAAGAAAGUCAUUGAGGAGCAGCUUCAGUUGGAGAGAGAGCGUGAGGCAGAAUUGGACACUAUAUUUAGGGAGGAGGCCCAACGAAUGUGGCAGAAACGAGAAGAGGAGUGGGAAAGAGAGAGGCAAGCAAGAAUGCGUUUAAUGCAGGAGGUACUUGUAGGACGACAGCAGCAAGUCCUGGAGAGGCUUGACAUGAAUCGACGUGCUCAGGAGGAAUCGGUUCAGCGUCGCGGGGACCUGAUCCGGGAGCUAGAGGAACUGAAAGAAACGACAAAGCGUGAAAAGGCGGAAGAGGAGGAGCUGAAAACUGCCCGCAAGCAGGAACUUGCAGCACAGGUUGAAGAGCGGAGGAGGCAGGAGUUGGAAGAGUUACAACGCCAACAGGAGGAGGAAAAUGAUGAAAGGCUUGUAGAAAGACAACAAGAAGAAAUGCUUCAACAUGAGGCUAAGCUGAUGAGGCAGAGAGGAUAUGAGCCAAAGAUGUUCCACCGACCAAGAAUAGCCUGGACAUAGCUCAGAAGCUGAGACAUAUAAGACUGGCUUGUGAAAAUAGAGUCUUGCCUUGGAAUGGAUUGAGUAUCUGAACCAAAUCCUUGUUACUUGAUUCUAUCACUAUAACCAGAUAGAGCAAGUUUUCAUUCCCUUUAUGUGAUGGAUUUGGUUGUAGAUAAUUUGCACUUAGGAAAAGGAGAAGCUCAACUCGGAGAUUUAGACUGGAGUUCAUGUAAACCACAGAGCUGAUUAAAUCUCUAAGGAUCUCGCUCGCUCUAUGCAUUGCUGGCCUGUGAUUAGUACACAUUAAAUAUAAAUGGUUCACAGGACUUAGUGCUUGCUCGUUGCCAGGAGGAUAGUUUGUUCUGUAGUGGGUGUUUGAGUGAUUGGUACACAUAUUCAUGUUAUUCUGCUGUCUAGAAUCUAGAAAUAAUCCUCAAUCCCUUUAAUCUGCAUUCUGAUUCACUGUAUUCCAACAGUUUUGCAGCAAGUAAAUAAAUUUAUGUCCCACAUCACAAGUGAGAGUCAUCUGCUGAUAGAUCAUCUCAAGGACUUAAUAUGUUAAUCGCAAAAUUAAUUAAAGGAGUCUUAACCAGGGAGUCCCAGUCUUAAUUAAUACUCGCACCAGGGUGAAAUGAGAAGCCUACAAUUUUCGGACUUUGUCCAAUUCAUCCAGUAAAUAAGUGAAAAAGAAGGAUCACAGAAGAAUAAAGAACUCUGUAACUAUGUGUUUCAAGUACACUUCAUCCAAUGUUGACCAAGCAACACGAUUCAUCAUGUGGAACUAAGGCAUAAUUCAACAGGAAGCAAUGUGUGUGAAAAGUUGACCAGUGGGUAGAUAUGAAACUUUGAGUUCCGGCAGCUUAGAAAACAUUACCAGAUAGUAAAAUCUUCAACACAUAAAGCUCCCUGAUCCUUUUAUGUGUACUGCAGUUUGUUCAUGUUUGCAAGACCAGCCUAAUGUUGUUCAUUGUUUAUGGCUGCAAUAAGCCACUGAACACCAAAUUCAAAUGGCCAGUUAUGUAGGACCGAAAGAUUUCAUUACAUUGUCUUAAAUUUGAAAGUUUUUAAUUCUUGUUGAAAGUAUACACGAGCUUUACAUUAGCAGUCUGGGUAUGCUGGAGCACUGCUGACGUCAGUUUGAUAUCCCAAUGGCCUUCAGUUUCUCACUUACUUCCCAGAUUAGGAAUUAACGUUGCUAUACAGCAACAGUUUCAUUUUUGAGCUGGGUGAGCACAUUAGUUAUCAGGUGACGAGACUUUUGCUUUGUUUUAUGUGACCCUGAUUCUACUCCCUGCUGUUCCCUCACCUUUUUUAAUGUGGAAGGGAAGGGAAAAACAGUUGGAGAGAUUAAGGAAUGGGUUUGGAGGACUAGGAAAGGAGAUAAUCAGGGAUUGCAAGAGAUGGAAGAUUGACAUUAGUACUAUGAAAUAGGAGUGAAUUGGGAGGCUAGUUAAGUAUCGAGGAAGAAAGUGCAGAUUUGCGAGUCAACGUGGUUUAACAAAAUUUAACAUAGUUGGAGAUUUCAGAACAAGAAUAGUAAGCUUGUUGGUAGAUAUCUAAAUAUUGAUGCAAAAUAUAUUAAUAUUUCUAAUUUAAUGAUCUAGGGGACACAGCUGAUUCUAGAUAACAUUCCUGAACGUAAGGUUAGUGAUAAAUUGUUUUUGAUAUGAAUUUUAACCUUUUUUGUUUACUUAGUCAAGCUCUAAAUCUUCAAAAAGUAAGUGAGCACAUUUCAAUACAGAGCCAGUAUCUUCAUCUGGAAUUUCCUGCUAUGCUGUUUAAUCCCUCAAAUUAAAGACCAUCAAGCUGAAACUGUUUAACGUUAUUCACCCAGUCAAUAUCUAUACAUUGACUAUCACACAAACUAGUGCUGGGUGCACGUUUGUCUCGCUCUGAAUAUUUUAAAAAUGAUUUCUGACUUUCAGUAAGCAGCUUCUGACCACUUCUGUGGGUAAGAAGGUAGAAAUAUUACGCUAUCAACCCUCCGUUCCAGCACAAGGCUGCUCCAUUGUAUCACAUUGCUGAAUAAUUUGCCAGCUAAAACUGGGGAGGUAAACUGUUGACUGGAUAGGUCACGGUUGUAGGUUAACUGCUCACUUUUGUCAUGGGAAUACAUCCCAAAGGCCCGGAGUGAAACAGGGAUCAAAAGUGCAGACGUUAGUUGAAUUUUAAUGUUGCCCAUUAACAGCUCCACUUUAUUACUGAAAAGAGACAAGUUACUGAAACUGUGUGUCUUGAUCUUAUCAGGACAAUGCCAAACAUUCAAAUGAUCACAACAAUUUAUACUAUAGAAGAACGACUGCUUGGCAAAUUGAUUCUGAUUGACUGAAGUGUUGUGAAGCAUCAAUUUAGAUUAAAUUAGCUGCUUUGCAGUUGGAAAUAGGAUAGAUUUCAUUUGGCAUGAAUCCUUUCAACAUGGAAAGGGCAUUUGCGUCAUGCCUUUGGAAACAUCUUGGAAUCUUGCUUCAGUACACUUUCACAGGCAAAAUGCAACAUUAGAAAAAGAUUUUAAAUCUUUUGCUGAGUCAGAAUUUAAAAUAAACCAGAACUGAAGCAGAAAUUAAACAAAUCCUUCAGAAAAUAUUGAGCAACUUGAGGCUUUGAGGUCUUAGCUCUUUGUAAAUAGCAAUGCAAGUCUUAAGUGUUAUUUGGGUCUUGUUACAAAAAUAUUCCCAUCGCUCAGUCUAUCCACUUGGUGUUGAUGGAACUAGUGUGUGAGAAAGGUGACUUCACUUAAUUAGGAACAGUGACUGUUCCUAGCCGUUUAUUUAAUACAACACUCAGGAGUACCAUUUAAAUUUCAGACUGUUAAAACCUUUAAAAGCGCUUCUAGUAUAACCAUUCAACUGAUUAAUUGCCAAUUCACUUGUACUCUUGAUGGCUCUGAAAUCCAGCCCGGGAAGCCAACAAGUGUCUCUUUACUUGCUUUGACUGAAUUAUUGAUGUUUGUAAUAUAGCAUUUAAGUUUAUUAAAAGCUUCCAGCUCGUUUUCUACGCUUUGUACUUGCAACAUUUCAUUUUAGGGGCAAUGAUCAUGAAACAGAAAAACAAUUACAAUUUGAAGCUGUGAAUGUUAUUUAUAUUUUAAUUAGUUAUCGUUUUAUGAAUAAAAGCUCUUGUGUAAAA